CUCCCACGCCUAAUCAACUGCCUCUGCUGCCAACGAGCCUUUACCACCUUCCCCGGCAUGAUUAUCCAUCUCGAAUCGGGAACGUGCCAGUCGGGCGAGGAUGUGGACAGCAUCAAUCUCCUCGCAGCACAUUGCUUCCAGUGGAAGAAGUAUAUGCACAAAGGAUGUCGUGAGUCCUUCAUUGCUCGAGAUAAGACCUAUAUUGAAUGGACCGGCGCCAAACCAUUCAAGUGCCCCACAUGCGACCAUCAAUUUGCCCUGUUGAGCAGUCUCCUCCAGCACGUCUGGAGCUCGGCCUGUGCACAAGGGAAGAGAGGCGGAGCAAUCGGGAAGCUUAUUCGGUGGCUUUCGAAGAGGACGUAUCGGUACCGUACGGGAUGGUGA